AUUUAUUUUUCACAUGAUGAGCCUUGUGCGCAGGCUAGGUCCAAACGAUCACAGUUCAUCCGCGUCCUCGCAACACAUUGCAACCACGUCGGAUAUACAUGCCGUCAUCCCUAUGAUGGCAAAUUCCAACGUUGUCCUAUGGACGUCAGACAGUCCAUCGAGCAGAAAUGCUAUCUUGCAUGGUUCCCCGCAUAAUUCACCAACCCCCCACGAUCUAGGAGGUGCCGGGUCCAGAACCUCCAGUCAUCCAGCGACAGGAAGGGUCUACUUAUCUCCACGUUCAUUCCCAAUACCAGGACCGAUCGGCCACACUUUGCCCAUGUCCUCACAAUGCAGUAUGACCACCUCGGAUAUGCACUCCGUUGUCCCUAUGAUGGAAAAUCCCAAUGCUGCCUCAGGCUCGUGGGCACCAAACAAUCUCAGGGCCGCUGCCUCACACGGCUGGUCCGGCGAGUCGCAAUUUGUGCCAUAUCUCCACGAACUAGGAGGUGCCAGGUCUGGGGCCCCUAGUCAUCUAGCAAUUGAAAGUGACUACUCGUCUCCACAAGCAUUGCCAAUGCCAAUGCCGAGAGCGAUUGGCCACACUUUGCCCGUAUACUCGCAAUGUGGGAUGACCACCUCGGAUACACUUUCUGUCAUCCCUAUGAUGGCAAACCCCAACGCUGUCUCACGGACACCAAACAAUCUCAGGACCGCUGUCUCACGUGGCCCCUCACAAAGCGUGUCAUGCAUUCAUAAUUUAGGAGGCGUGAACUCCGGGUUUCAGCUCCCUCCAAGUCCAGCCCAGUCGGAACUGCCGAUCAAUCAGCCAUCUCUCCUCCUCUGCCGGUGGGUAUAUAACAACUCACCCUGCAGAUAUGAAGGAACCUUGGAGGAUUUCAAACACCAUUGGUACGACGACCAUCUUCCUGAAUUCCCAGGUGCGAUGAUCCAAUGCCAAUGGGAACACUGCAAUUAUCAUGGGCGAGGUGAUCGUUUAAUGAAUGACAUGCGCCGCUCCUUUGUGUGGCGGCAUAUAUCUGAAGUCCACUUAAUGCAUCGGAGGAAUAGAUAGACACCAACUGUUUUACUCUAGCCUACCAUGACUUGAUCAAGUUGCCCGGGUACAACUCGCCUGAUUUUUCUAUAAUG